CCGACACUCGCCUGGGCGGCAGAGGAAGCCAGACUGCCUGGAGGAGGACGCGUGACCGGGCCUGAAAGUCCGUACCUGCUCCAUGGUGACGGCCAUGUCGGUGAGGUUGCGGUUCCUGUCCUCUGGGGACGCGGGGGCCGUGGGGGUCGUGGGCCGGAGCGCCUCCUUCGCGGGCUUCAGCGGCGCACAGAGCCGGAGGAUCGCAAAGUCCAUCCACGGGAACUCCGUGAGAGCUCGAAUGCCUGCCAAAUCCUCCAAGAUGUAUGGCACGCUGCGGAAGGGGUCUGUCUGCCCGGACCCCAAGCCACAGCAGGUGAAGAAGAUCUUCGAAGCGCUCAAGAGAGGCCUCAAGGAGUAUCUGUGCACCCAGCAGGCCGAGCUGGAUUACCUGUCAGGGCGCCACAAGGACACCCGCAGGAAUUCCAGGCUGGCUUUCUAUUACGACCUGGACAAGCAAACACGCUCUGUGGAAAGGCACAUCCGGAAGAUGGAGUUUCACAUCAGCAAGGUGGACGAACUCUACGAGGGCUACUGCAUCCAGUGCCGCCUGCGCGACGGGGCCUCCAACAUGCAGAGGGCCUUCUCCAGGUGCCCGCCCAGCCGCGCCUCCCGGGAGAGCCUGCAGGAGCUGGGCCGCAGCCUGCAGGAGUGCACCGAGGACAUGUGGCUUAUCGAGGGGGCCCUGGAGGUUCACCUGGGAGAGUUCCACAUCAGGAUGAAAGGCUUCGUGGGCUAUGCACGCCUCUGUCCCGGAGACCAGUACGAGGUGCUCAUGCGCCUGGGCCGCCAGCGCUGGAAGCUGAAGGGCCGGAUCGAGUCUGACGACAGCCAGACCUGGGAGGAGGAGGAGAAGGUUUUCAUCCCGACGCUGCGCGAGAACUUCGAGAUCAAGGUGACAGAGCUGAGGGGCCUGAGUUCACUGGCCGUGGGCACAGUGACCUGUGACAUCACUGACUUCUUCACGACCAGGCCGCAGGUGAUCGUGGUGGACAUCACAGAGCUGGGCACCAUCAAGCUACAGCUGGAGGUGCUGUGGAACCCGUUUGACACCGAGAGCUUCCUGGUGUCGCCCAGCCCUACGGGCAAGUUCUCCAUGGGCAGCAGAAAGGGCUCCUUGUACAACUGGACACCCCCAAGCACGCCCAGCUUCCGAGAGAGGUACUACCUGUCUGUCCUGCAGCGGCCAGCGCAGCAGGCUUUGCUGCUGGGUGGGCCAAAGGCCCCUUCCAUCCUCGGCUACCUGUCCGACAGCGACCUUCGGGGGUCCGGCCUGCGGAGCCGGAGUCAGGAGCUGCCCGAGAUGGACUCUUUCGGCUCUGAGGACCCCCGAGACACCGAGACCAGCACAUCGGCAUCCACCUCAGACGUGGGGCUCCUGCCCGUGGCCAUUGGCCCCAACACCUCCAUCGAAGAGGAGGCCCAGGAGGACCCCCAAUCCCUGGGCCUCCUGCCGGAGAUGGCCCACCUGGCCGGAGGCUCAUUUGUGGAGCAGCCUGGCUGGAGGAAUUUGGGAACAGAGGGCCCCAGCCUGCCACGGGGCUCCCCAUUCCACAAGCAUACAGUCCCGGGUAGCCAGAAAGACGAUGACGAAGGAGAGGCCGAGGACGGAGCGGAUGGGCCUGGGGUGACCCUCGAGAGGCCGCUGCAAGAGGUUCUGGAUUUACUGAGGUCCAUGGAUACUGCCCAGCCCCAGCUCCGGGAGCUGGAGUACCAGGUUCUCGGCUGCAGGGACCGGCUGAAGCCCCGUGGCGCCCGCCAGGAGCACGCCUCUUCUGAGAGCCUGAUGGAGUGCAUCCUGGAGAGCUUCGCCUUCCUCAAUGCUGACCUCGCCCCGCAGGAGCUGUCCCUGUGUGGGGGCUGCCAGGGUCCCAGAAAGGACAGGAGCCCGCCCCCGCUGCCAGCACGGACAGCGUCACCUCGGGAGCUGACGGCCGGCACCCGGGAGCUGGACAUGUUGCUCACCGUCCACCUCCACGUCUGCAAAACUCUGCUGCAGAAACUUGCCUCUCCUAACCUGUCGAGGAUGGUCCAGGAAUGCCUUCUGGAAGAAGCUGUGCAGCAAAAGCAGGUUCUGGAGAUGCUCUCUGUGCUGGAUUUUGAGGUGGUCAGCAAGGCAGCAUCCAUUGAAGAAAUUGUCCCCCAGGCCACACGGAGGAAGGGGUGCCUGAAGCUGUGGAGAGGGUGCACUGAGCCCGGCAGGGUCCUGUCCUGUUCCGGCACGACGCUGCUGAACCAACUCAAGAAGACGUUUCUGCACAGAGUCCGAGGGAAAUACCCGGGACAACUGGAAAUAGCAUGCCGAAGGCUCCUGGAGCAGGUGGUCAGCUGUGGUGGGUUGCUCCCCGGAGCCGGGCUCCCCGAAGAACAGACGGUCACCUGGUUCCAGUUUCACAGCUACCUGCAGAGGCAGGGGGUGUCUGACCUAGAGAAGCACUUUGCCCAGCUCACCAAAGAAGUAACACUUGCCGAGGAGCUGCAGUGUGCGGGGCAAGUCAAGACGAUCAGGAAGCUGCAGGGGAAGCGGCUGGGCCAGCUCCAGCCCCUGCCCCAGACGCUGCGGGCCUGGGCACUGCUGCAGCUGGACGGGACCCCCCGGGUGUGCAGGGCGGCUAGUGCUCGCCUGGCCAGCGCGGCACGGAACCAGAGCUUUCGGGAGAAGGCUCUGGUCUUCUACACCAACGCCCUGAUGGAGAACGAUGGGAAACUCCAGCAGGCUGCGUGCGUGGCGCUAAAACACCUCAGGGGCAUUGAAAGCAUCGAUCAGAUCGCCAGCCUGUGCCAGUCGGACCUGGAGGCCGUGCGAACAGCAGCCCGGGAAGCCACGCUGUCAUUCGGGGAGAAAGGACGCUCAGCUUUUGAGAAGAUGGACAAACUCUGCUUGGAACCAAGAGGAGAAGCCUUUUGCCAGGAAGCGGAUAUUGAAAUCACUGUAUUUUAAGAAGCCUCAGCU